GGCGUGGGCCGCCGGAGUAUGUGUCUUCCGAAUUCUCGAGGACCUUUCUAUAAAUUCUGACGAUUAGACCUGUCCACAAGAAGUGUCCACAAGUAAGGCUGCUUUUCUGUGCUAAAACUGAGGAGCUGAUUGGCACCAUGAAAGUCUUCUGCGGGCGGGCCAAUCCAACCACAGGAUCUGUGGAGUGGCUGGAGGAGGAUGAGCACUACGAUUACCACCAGGAGAUUGCAAGAUCAUCCUAUGCUGAUAUGCUGCAUGACAAAGACAGAAAUAUAAAAUAUUACCAAGGUAUCCGGGCUGCUGUGAGCAGGGUGAAGGACAGAGGGCAGAAGGCCUUGGUUCUUGACAUUGGCACUGGCACAGGACUCUUGUCAAUGAUGGCCGUCACGGCAGGGGCUGACUUCUGCUAUGCCAUUGAGGUUUUCAAGCCUAUGGCUGAUGCUGCUGUGAAGAUUGUAGAGAAAAAUGGCUUUAGUGAUAAAAUUAAGAUUAUCAACAAGCAUUCCACUGAGGUGACCAUAGGGCCAGAUGGUGACAUGCCAUGCCGUGCCAAUAUCCUGAUCACAGAGCUAUUUGACACAGAAUUGAUCGGAGAAGGAGCACUGCCCUCCUAUGAGCAUGCGCACAGACAUCUUGUGCAGGAAAACUGUGAAGCCGUGCCUCACAGGGCGACUGUCUAUGCGCAGCUGGUGGAGUCCAGGAGGAUGUGGUCGUGGAAUAAGCUCUUUCCUGUCCGCGUUCAGACUGGCCACGGAGAGCAGGUCAUCGUUCCCCCCUUGGAACUGGAGAGGUGCCCCGGUGCCCCGUCUGUCUAUGACAUUCAGCUGAACCAGGUGUCGCUCACUGACUUCACUGCCCUCAGUGAUGUGAUGCCCAUGUUCAGUGUGGACUUUAGCAAGCAAGUCGGUAGCUCAGCGGCCUGCCACAGCCGACAGUUUGAACCUCUGGCAUCGGGCCGAGCUCAGGUGGUUCUCUCCUGGUGGGACAUUGAAAUGGACCCUGAGGGGACGAUCAAGUGCACCAUGGCCCCCUUCUGGGCACACUCAGACCCAGAGGAGCUCCAGUGGCGGGACCACUGGAUGCAGUGUGUGUACUUCCUGCCACAAGAAGAGCCUGUUGUCCAAGGCUCAAGCCUCUUCCUGCUAGCCCACCACGACGACUACUGUGUAUGGUACAGCCUUCAGAAGACCAGUCCCGAAAAAAACGGGAGAGUCUCCCCACCACGCCCCGUGUGCGACUGCCAAGCUCAUCUGCUCUGGACCCGGCCUCGGUUUGGAGAGAUCAAUGAUCAGGACAGAACUGAACGAUACAUCCAGGCCCUGAGAGCGGUGCUGAAGCCGGACAGCGUGUGCCUUUGUGUCAGUGAUGGCAGUCUGCUGUCCUUGCUGGCCCAUCACCUUGGGGCAGAGCAGGUAUUUACAGUAGAGAGCUCAGCAGCUUCGCACAGACUGAUGAAAAAAAUUUUCAAGGCUAACCAUGUGGAAGAUAAAGUUCAUAUAAUAGAGAAACGGCCUGAGUUGUUAACGUCUGCAGACUUGGAGGGUGAAAAGGUCUCUGUCCUCGUGGGGGAGCCCUUCUUCACCACCAGCCUGCUGCCGUGGCACAACCUCUAUUUCUGGUAUGUGCGGACCGCCGUGGACCAGCAUCUGGGACCUAGUGCUGUGGUGCUGCCCCAGGCCGCCUCGCUGCACGCUGUGGUUGUGGAGUUCAGGGACCUGUGGAGGAUCCGGAGUCCCUGUGGUAACUGUGAAGGCUUUGAUGUGCACAUCAUGGAUGAUAUGAUUAAGCGUGCCCUGGACUUCAGGGAGAGCAAGGAGGCCGAGCCCCACCCGCUGUGGGAGUACCCAUGCCGCUGCUUGUCCGAGCCCCAGCAGAUCCUGACCUUUGAUUUUCGGCACCCAGUCCCCCCACAUCCGCUCCGUGCUGAGGGCUCCAUCGAGCUGAGGAGGCCUGGGAGGAGCCACGGGGCCGUCCUGUGGAUGGAAUACCACCUGACCCCGGACAGCACUGUCAGCACCGGCCUCCUGAAGCCUCCAGACGACAAGGGGGACUGUUGCUGGAACCCGCACUGCAAGCAGGCUGUGUACUUCUUCACCAGCCUGGACUACGGGGUCCCGCGGGGUGGCCCUCGGACAGUCAGCUACACCGUGGAGUUCCACCCCCAUACUGGAGACAUCCGCAUGGAUUUCACACUCUCAGACACCCUGGAGGACGGGUGCUGACCCUCACUUGUUGAGAAAUAAAGUGGCCCGAGGGCUCUGGGCUCUGAAUGGUGUGAAGGCCCCUCUCUUUUCAGGGCCCAGUUAAAUCUCUGGGCUCUGAGGAGCCCUCUUCCCUUUUUGCAUUUUUGCACUGCCAGUUCCUUGCUUUGGGUGUGACAGGCAGCACAUCUGCUGACUGAAUUUGGAGCUAAGGAGGGGCCAGGGAGCCCUCCCUGCUGUGGGUCUGCAGCACUCCAGAAGCUCUCACGUGGCAGUGUCCCUUUGCUGUGCUGGGAGUGGGCUGGGUGGCUUGUGUGCUCUCAGCUGUGAAGAGCGUGGGUGGUUGGGCUGCCCCUGUGGGAGAGGCCUUGCCUAUACUCAGAAACUCUGGUCCCUCCUGCCUGGCUCCAGCUGGGAGUGGCUCCUAGAGGCAGAGCUGCUGACUUGUGGCUGGGCCCUGGGCCUGAAAGACCAUGGCAGGGCCGUCCUUGUGUGUUGGGUGACGUUACCUGGAUACACUUGUAAGCAUCUGGCCUCAAUACACAGCAUCAGCAGGUGACUGGGACUUGACACCUGGACAUCCGACUGCUGCUCAGAGGAUAGGGAGGAGGUGGUCUCAAAGCAUUUCCUGAGAUGCAGACCUGGGAAACCAGCCAUCAGGAGGAGGAGCCAGGAGGUAAAGCCUUUUCCUGUGUGCCCCUGUUCUGGCAGAAGGACCUCCUGCCAACUACGAGGCCUGGGCUGAUAGGUACCGUGUAGCCACCCCACCCCAGCCUGGCCCCCUUGCUUUGCAGCGGAAGACCAGAGUGUCCUGAGGCGGUUCCAGCCUUGCUUCUCCCCAACUCGAGGUGCCCUUCGUUCUUUAUUCCCACUCCAGAUGGAAUAGGAGAUAGUAGGAACCCAGGUGGCCUGGUUUUCUGGCAGUUUGGGGCAGACUUAGCCUGUUACCAUGCUGCUUGGGGGAGGGGGCGAAGGCAGGAAAGGUGGGCCGCCCAUAGCCUGGCCCCAGCUUGUCGCUCAAAUAAGAGAACACCAGCCUUGAGCCUCACAGUUUAUUUUCUUAUUAUCUAUCCUUCCGUUCAGCACCAAUAAAGGGAAAAAACACCUCUCUUUUCAAAAUA